AAGGUACGGUAGGAGUGAAAGCUUUGACGGCGUGCAUUUCUGCAGGUUAAAUUUUUAUAUUUUAGUGUUCGAGGAGUUAUAAUAUAUAUGAAAGUUUGUUCAAAGCAUUUUGAAGAGUCUGAUUUUCAUACACAAAGUAAGGAGCUGAGACACGCAGAUUUGUGUUUGAGACCGAGAAAAACUAACUUGAGACGCCGAAAUUUGAAAAGAAAUGCAGUCCCAACAAAAAACCUUCCUACAGGUACUCAUGAGAACAUAAAGAAGAUAGAAAGACGAAAUUUAACUAGAUAUGAUCCUGUGCAACAACCAAUUUUGAAAUCUGACUGUGAAGUAAUGACACAAAAUCAAGAUGAAAAUGAACUUCAUGCUCAGGAAAUGAUUCACAGGCCUGAUGAAUUGUUGGCUGCUGAAGCUCUAUGUGCUUUUAUCAAUAAGGACAAUUUGUGACAAUAUUACUACAAAUCAAAAGCUUAACAGCUUGACAGGGUUGAAUUCUUUCGAAAUGCUGAAAACUAUUGAAAUUUUAGUAUUAAGAAUAAAAAGAGAAAAUUUUGUUUCAUCCCUCAAUAUUAGGGAAAAAAUACAUUUACAAAAC